AUGUUGACAAACAUUGGUAUCUACGGCAGAAUGCUCGCUAAGAGUUCUAGAAACAGUGGUUUGAGGCAGGUGUAUAAUGUCCGUCUUAAUUCUUCCUCCACAUCUACCACGUUGAGCUGGGCCGAAUAUUUCAAAUUGAAGAAACAAAACAACAUCAUCAACACUGGAGCAUCAGUGUUUACUGGUCUUGCGGGCGGUUUUGUCACCUUGACCUACUUGGGUAACAUCCAAGUCGAUGUAGAAAAGCCAAUUAUGGGCUUGGAUCCAUUGAUGGUGUUGGGAGGUGCUGUUUUUCUUGGUGCAGGUUUUGGCUAUUUGUUGGGACCCUUUGCUGGUACCUCUGUGUUCAAGUUGAAGAACAAGUCGACGUUGACUCAGUACAUGGCCAGAGACAAGGAGUUCUUGUCCAGAAUCAGGGCCAAGAGAGUUGAUCCUUCGUCGCAGAGUUUCUCCAACCCUGUCCCUGACUACUACGGUGAAAAGAUCUAUUCAUUGCAAGGCUACAAGCAAUGGUUGCGUGACUGUAAUGCCUUCAGAAGAAAGGCUAAGGAAUUCCUUUAG